UCGUCGCAACAUUCAAAAACACUCCCGGCGCAAUCAUUCACACGCCUCCCUCACUUCAACUCUUUCCAAACCCAAGGACCAGCAGAACAGCACAGACAACUAGAAUCUAAAGCCUUUUCAAGCCUUACCCAGAUCCUACCUAUCUCAACACUCUCUUCACACACACCUUCCAGCACCAUGCCUUCUCCCGAACCAGACUCAAAAGAAUCCCGCGAUCGUUCGCGAUCGCCCCGUAGGAGCAGAAGCCCCGCUCCUCGCAAGCCCAAGAACUACUCAGGCCUAAAGUGGAAGAAAAAUGAAGGCGGUGGGCGAGACGAACCAAGAACUUCGAGAGACGACUGGGGUCGUGGAGCCAGAGAACGCGGGGAUCGCGACCGAAGGGAUGACAGAGAUCGAGGAAGGAACAGAUUCGAUGACAGAGAACGAAGGGACCGAGACCGCCGUGACGACCGUGAACGACGUCCCCGCCGCGACGAAGACAACAGAGAACGACGGGAUCGAGACAGCCGCCGCGACCCCCGCGAUUCUGAGCGGCGCAGACCGCGCGACGACAGGGACAAGGGGAAGGAAAAGGAUAAAUCUGAGAAGAAAGCUGCUCCGGCUGCGCCUGCGCCCGCUGCUAAUGGCGAACCUAUGAUUAUUGUAACGGUCAAUGACCGGCUAGGUACCAAGGCGCAGAUCCCUUGCAUGGCCUCGGAUCCGGUCAAGGUCUUCAAGAUGAUGGUCGCGGCGAAGAUCGGUCGUCCUGUACACGAGAUUAUGUUGAAGAGGCAGGGGCAGCGGCCGUUUCAUGAUAGCUUGACGCUCGCUGACUACGAGGUUAGCCAUGGGGUGCAGAUUGAUUUGGAGUUGAAUACGGGAGAUUAG